GUAAUAUAUUUAGAUAGGUGCAGAAUUCCCUCAAAUUCUGUUUAAAUAAUGGGUUUCAACUAUUCGCGCGAACGUUUAUAUGCUUGCCUUGUUCAUGUGUCGAUUACGUGACUUUACAUAUAUUGACAAGGGUCGAGCGAUAUUAGUCUAAUUGCAGAUUAUUGCUUGUGUCAACGUGGUUCACUAAUUUCUGAGCAAUUCGGACUUGUGCCUCGUCUAUGAAGGAAUAAUAAAGAAUACAUCUGAAAAUAAAGUUCAGAAACGAUAUGAGUACGUAGUAUAUGUAUAUAAGUGUGUUCUGCGGAAUAUCCAGAGAAAACGUUUCCCUCAGUUCCACGGUGGUGCUGCCGACAUUGCACGAUACACGUAUUCAUACCGUGUUUCAUUCAACAUAUGCGACGCAGCUUAGUUAACCCGCGAAUUUAUUUGAAUUUGUCUAUUAUCAUAGGGACUAGGAGAGCACUUUCAAUGAACACGUUGAUUCGUUCACUUCAGUAUUCAGCGAAAGCGAGACUUCAGUUGGAAUUAGUACAAGUGUUAUUCAGACAUGGAGAACGAACACCCCGUGAAAGGGAAAUGUGGCCGAACGAUUCGUACAAUGCAUCGACCUACGAACCGUGGAACCUCGGGCAGUUGACAAAUCAAGGAAAAAUGAGAGAAUAUCUUAUUGGAAAAAUGUUAAGAGAGCGAUACGACAAAUUUUUAGGAGAUGUUUAUCAUCCUAGUGACGUGUAUGCUCAAAGCACUGAUAUAGAUCGAACAAAGGUGUCUCUUCAGUUAGUUUUGUCCGCGCUUUAUCCCCCAAAUUCGAAGCAGACAUGGAACGAAAAGUUGCAAUGGCUGCCCAUACCAACGAAUUAUAUGCCGGAGAAAGUAGACAAUCUGAUGAAACCAGAUUUCUCUCCAAUAUAUUUACAAAUGCUGAAAAAGGUACGGAAUUCGGAGGAGAUGCUUAAAAAAGUUUCGAUGUACAAAGAUCUGUUUAAAUAUUUAAGCGAGAAAACUGGUGUGAAUAUAACGCGAACGCAUCAAGUGUAUGAAAUUUAUAAUUGUUUUGCCGCACAGAAAAACAUGAAUCUUGUAUUGCCGAGCUGGUUGACCGAUGAAAUUUAUAAAGAAUUUCAAAACAUUGUAAAACUCGAAUAUGAAACUCGUUCUUACACACCGGAAAUGAGACGCUUAAAUGGCGGUACACUAAUUAAAAGAUUCAUCGAGAAUAUAAAAGUGAACGAAGAACGUGACAGACCAAGAAAAAUCUAUUUGUACAGUGGACAUGAAACGAAUAUCGCGGGAUUCGUAAGAGCUCACAAUUUCACGGAACCAGUAUUACCAAAUUACGGAUGUGCGAUUAUAUUUGAAAAAUUACGCAAUGAAACUGGCGAACACUUUGUUAAGAUGUUCCUAUGGACCGGAGUCACAGAGGAAUUGAUACCUUACAAAUUUAAUGACGGUGAUGAACUUUGUACGUUUGAGAAUUAUAAAAACUUAGUGGAAGAUAUUUUACCAACAGAGGAUGAAAUGAAUCAUAUGUGGGAUCAUCUGUCGAAAGAAGAUUUACAAAAAUUAUAUCAAGAUACAUUAAAUCUUAAUUAAAGUAUAUUUCAUUGAAUUCAAUGCAUUAAUUAAAUUAAUUAAAGAACAAAAUAUCUGAACACUUUAAUUUACUUUUAAUGGAAUAUAUUGUACAGGGACAUAUCCAAACUUACUUUGAAUACAAAUAGAAAUGGAAUCUAUUUAUAAAGUAUUAGAAGAAAUACGAAAACCUAUAUAUAAAUAAUAAGAAUACGUAAGUGUUAAAAAAUAAAAUGAAUUUUGUUCGUGAAUUAUGUUACACGGAAGUUUAAACAUUUUAAUACUUCGUAUCCGUAUAUUUUUCGAUAAAUGAUCGCGUAACGAACGUAAUGGAAAAAUUCCAUGGAUUGUAUAAAAACCUUUUAUUUUCAACCGGAAUAUUCUGCACAUGCACAUGCAUAUGCACAUGCACAUGCAUAUGCAUAUGCAGAUGUAUAUGUACAUGUUGUAAGUAUGUAGAAUGAUAGUUGAUAUAAUAAA